CAAUUUCUCUGUCCACACUGUUGGAGCUUAGGUGAGAUACAGUAUACCCUUUAAUGGAGUGUCACCGAAAAAAUUGAAACCAAAAAGUUUGAAUCCCAAAACCAUGUCUUAUGAGUUAAUAUGUCUAUUUAUCUAAAAAAUUCUGUGUUUCAUGUUCCAGGGUUUCCAUUUCCAUCGUUUUCAUAUGAUUAAAGAACCAGAGAUUAACAAAGACGCGAUUUGAAAAGUAAACGACACUGAAAGUCAAUCCCCAAAUUUCCAAGAUAUUCUUGAAAAGAAAAUGAGAAAAGAGGAGGUCCAAAAUUUUUUUCGCUUUCAGUACAAUGUGAGGAAGAAGCUCUGCCGCUGCGUUUCUUCUUCUUCGUUUUCUCCCCCCGUCGAUGGGCAACAAGGCCUUCACGAUCUUGGUGUCUUUGGCUCUGAUCGUACUGCUGGUCGCCGUCAUCGUCCUCCGCGUCUACCUCGGUGCCACCACCACCUUCUUCGCCAUCGCCGCCGUCGACUGGGCUGCCCAGAUCAUCCUGUUCAGUUGGAUCAUCGUCCGCUCCGUGAAGGAGCGACGCCGGCAGCGGCGCCUCAUGGAGUCCGUCGUCGAGAACGAGCACCGCCUCCGUGUGGAGUACAGCUUCCUCCGCAAGGUCGCCGGCCUCCCCACCAAGUUCCGCUACCGCGCCCUGCAGGACGCCACCGACAAUUUCAGUGCCUUACUCGGGAGGGGCGCUUCCGCCUCCGUCUUCAAGGGCAUCCUCGACGACGGCUCCCCGGUCGCCGUAAAGAGAAUCCACGGGUCGGAGCACGGGCAGAAGGACUUCCAAUCGGAGGUCAUGGCGAUCGCCUCCGUCCAGCACAUAAACCUCGUUCGGCUUUUGGGGUACUGCUUGGAGAACGGCCACCGGCUGCUGGUGUACGAGUUCAUCCCCAACGGCUCGCUCGACACAUGGAUCUUCCCAGGCGAGGGCCGGAACGCCCUCCGGCGAGUUCUGCCCAUGGACACGCGCUUCGCCGUCGCCGUCGACGUCGCGAAGGCGCUCGCCUACCUCCACGAGGACUGCCGGAAGAAGAUCCUCCAUCUCGACGUCAAGCCGGAAAACAUCCUCCUGGAUGACUGCUUCCAAGCGCGGGUUACCGAUUUUGGGCUGUCGAAGCUCAUGGGGAGGGACGAGAGCCAAAUUGUGACGACGGUGAGGGGAACGAAGGGGUACCUGGCGCCGGAGUGGCUCCUGGAGAACGGAAUCUCCGAGAAGUGCGACGUCUACAGCUACGGGAUGGUGCUGCUGGAGCUCGUCGGCGGCCGAAGGAACGUGGUCGCCGUGAGAAACGGCGAGGGGAACAGCGGGGGGCGGAGGUGGUCCAUCUUCCCCAAGAUCGUGAUGCAGAAUCUGAGGGAAGGGAAGCUGAUGGAGGUGGUGGACCAGAGGCUGCCGAGCGCAAGCGUCGACGAGCGGCAGGUGACGACGCUCGUGAACGUGGCGCUGUGGUGCAUCCAGGAGAAGCCGAGACUCAGGCCCUCCAUGUCGCUCGUGGUGGAGAUGCUGCAGGGCCGCGCGCGCAUCGACCGGCCGCCGGAGCCCGAUAUGAGCGUCGCCGACCUCUUGGCCGACGACGAAGACGACGACUAUCCCCACAUUGACCAACGGCAAAACGCUUCCAGCAGCGGAGGGUCCUCUGCAGGAUUGCCGCAGGCCGCCUCCUUCUCCGUUGAAUUGUCGGCUGUGAUUGGUCGGUAGCUCCUAACUUGUGGGUAGCCGCCACCACCAUUUUUUUCUCUUUAUCUCUUCAAAAUUUUCAUCAUUUUCCCUCUUUCUCGGUGCUACAUCAUCUUCUUACUCAAUCCAAGCUCCCAAUGGAGUCACAAACAGGUUGAUCAAAGUUUCUGCACAUUCAAUCAUACAAACAAUCAAGCCAAUUGGCUUGUUUCUUUAACUUUUUUUAUUGUUUUUUUUUCUUUUGGCGGAUCAUGAAAUGUAAAAGGAAAAAAAGUGCACUGGAAUUAGAACAAGUAACUAUGUUGGAAUGAAAUAAUGAUGAUUAUUUAUUUUAAUGAAUCAAUGAUGACUGUUUAUUUUUA